AUGUCGUAUGUGCCUCCGCACCUCCGAAAUAACGGCUCCGCCGCCGUCGCCACCGCCAGAACCCCCUCCGUAACCCUAGACAACAACAACAACAACCACCAUCACCACCAUAACAAUCACCACAAGCUCGCAUUCACCUCCAACAACAACAACACCAACGCCAAUUGCUCUCCCUCGCUCCCCACCUUCCACAAUGCCUCUCGCCGGAGCUCCGCCGCACCUCCGUCCCCGAGGAUUUUCGCCACCCCUGACCCCGUCUUCCCGCAAUGGCAACCCUCUGAACGCGCUUCGCGCAUGACUCCGGAGCAGAUUGAAGAGGUCCGUUCUCGGCUUAAUCUUGACGUUACUGUUGCAUCUGAUUCUCCUCCUGCACCUGCACCAAUAGAGUCGUUUACUGAUAUGUGUUUGGACUCAAGUAUCAUGAAGGAUAUUGCUUACCAUGAAUACACCAGGCCAACUUCGAUCCAGGCACAAGCCAUGCCAAUUGCUCUCAGUGGAAGGGAUCUAUUAGGUUGUGCUGAAACUGGUAGUGGAAAGACUGCAGCUUUCACAAUUCCUAUGAUACAGCAUUGCUUAGCCCAACCUUCAAUUCGGCGCAAUGAUGGUCCUCUGGCAUUAGUUUUGGCUCCUACCAGAGAACUUGCUCAACAAAUAGAAAAAGAGGUUAAAGCUUUUAGCAGAUCCCUUGAGUCAUUAAAAACUGCUAUUGUUGUGGGUGGAACUAACAUUGAGAAGCAGAGGGCGGAACUUAGAGCUGGGGUUGAAAUAGCAGUUGCCACGCCUGGAAGAUUCAUUGAUCACUUGCAACAAGGCAACACUUCCCUCUCUAGAAUUUCUUUUGUUGUUCUAGACGAAGCAGAUAGAAUGCUGGAUAUGGGGUUUGAACCACAGAUAAGAGAGGUAAUGAGAAGUCUUCCAGAGAAGCAUCAAACAUUGCUUUUUAGUGCGACAAUGCCUGUGGAGAUUGAAGCAUUAGCAAAGGAGUACUUGGCUAGCCCAGUGCAAGUGAAGGUGGGGAAAGUGAGUAGCCCAACAACUAAUGUUUCGCAAACGCUUGUGAAAAUUUCUGAAAACGAGAAGAUUGACCGACUUCUAGACUUACUUGUAGAGGAUGCAUCACAGGCUGAAAAAUGUGGUCAUCCAUUUCCAUUAACAAUUGUGUUUGUUGAGAGGAAGACAAGGUGCGAUGAAGUUGCUGAAGCAUUGGUAGCUCAAGGAUUAUCUGCAGUUUCUCUUCAUGGUGGUCGCAGUCAGAGUGAAAGAGAGGCUGCCUUGCAUGAUUUUCGUAGUGGCUCUACCAACAUUUUGGUUGCCACUGAUGUUGCAUCCCGUGGCUUGGAUGUCACUGGAGUGUCCCAUGUCAUCAAUCUAGAUCUUCCCAAGACCAUGGAAGAUUAUGUACACCGGAUUGGAAGGACCGGGCGUGCAGGAUCAACUGGCUUAGCUACUUCAUUUUACACUGAUCGUGACAUGUUCCUUGUUGCAAAUAUAAGGAAGGCAAUAGCUGACGCCGAAUCUGGGAACACGCUGACAUUUGCAACCGGAAAGGUUGCUAGACGGAAGGAGAAAGAAGCAGCAGCUGCACAAAAAGAGGCAAAUAUUGCUUUAUCCAAACAGUUAGGAUUGGGAGCUGCUUCAAUUAACAUCGAAGAUAAAUAUAAAUUCAUGAUUACUGCCGCAAACAUUAAAAGAGAGGGCGCAGCAGAUAGUGCCUGGGACGAUUAAUGUGUUGUCUGGUGCUUCCCAUAUUUGAUUGAUGACACCUGAUAAAGCCCUUAAGUGCUGGUGCAUUAUUGAUAUGAUACGCUCUUCAGACCAAGUGCAUUUAUAGGCCUGUUGCUUCUAAGAUGACGGUGAUGGAGAAGUUUCUAGUUAACAUUCCAAGUCUACGCUACGUGUUGUUUGGCAUCGUUGUGGUAGGUAGCUAGCACACUAGUCACAAGUAGCUUGCUAGACUAUUAGGUGGUUUGUAGAGUAGUCAUAUAGGUAGUGCAUCUUUUGUAAUCGUAGAAAUAUUCAAGUUUUUUUUCUUUCUUUUUUAAUUGUUUUGCGUCAAAAAAAUAUUCCUCUAUUCGCAUAGAUAUUUCAUCAUCAUCAUGAAAUGUAUAUAUACCCUGCUUGCUGCAUUUCGCAACUA